AUGGGAGGAUCAGUUAGAGCCAAGAGAAGAUUAAAGAAUGUCGCUGCUAUGAGAGCAAAGUUGGUGGUUCAUGAGAGCAUGAGACUACAGAGAAUCGUCGACAAAAUGAACGCACAUUUGGCCACACAAGAUACUAAUGUCAUGGACUUGAAUGUUCCACCAGAGAUGCAAGCACUUACCAAAGCAAAGGAUGUGGUUGUCGAUCAACAGCAGGAUGAUGAAGAGGAUACUAAUGAAUCAAUGGAAACAAACGAUACUACUACUACAAAGAAGAAGAAGGUACCAAAGAAGAAACAACAUAUUAAGAAGAAGAAGUCCUCAAGAAAGCCUGCUCAUAAGAGAAGACCAAAAGUUGUAUAA